AUGGAUAUCAUGAUUCCGAGACUCGACUUUUCCCGCUCAACGGGAUCCUGGGCUGUUUUUCACACGCUCCUCUGGCUUUAUCGUUAUAUGCGGCUUCUUAUUCACUGCGUCAGCCAUUGGCGUUACAAGUCCAAAGUGCCAAACUGGGAAAAGCCAAGGUACACGUCCCGAGAUGUCACAGUGAUUAUACCGACUAUCCACAACCGCCCCAAGGAGCUGCGUCCCUCCCUCGAGAGCAUCCUGGCCUGCAAGCCGGCCAAGCUGAUUCUCGUGACUACGUGGAACAAGCAUGAGGCACUGAGCCGAGUAGCUACGACGCUGCGAAUACCGGAUGCUGCGUCUCCCGUCGAGAUCGACGUGCUGCACGUUGACAAGGCAAACAAACGUUUACAAGUCUGCAAGGCGCUGGAGGAUGACCACGUCAAGACGGCCAUCACGGUCAUGGCUGACGACGACGUAGAGUGGCCGUCCACCCUGAUGCCGUGGCUGCUCGCACCGUUCGAGGACGACCGGAUGGGCGGAGUCGGAACGUGUCAAAGGGUAAAGCGCGUCGUCGACGGGGAUCUUACGACUCGCAUCUUCAAUUGGCUCGGGGCCGCGUACAUCGAGCGACGCAACUUCGAGAUCUCGGCAACGCACAACAUCGACGGCGGCACGUCCUGCAUGUCUGGGCGCACGGGCGCCUAUCGCACCGAGAUCCUGAGGAGCUAUGACUUCUUGAAGAACUUCAAGAACGAGAAAUGGGGAAGGUACAUCCUCAAUGCCGACGACGACAAUUUUGUGACACGAUGGCUAGUGGCCCACCAGUGGAAGACCUGGAUACAGUACGAGCGCGCGUGCGAAAUUGAGACGACGCUCGAGAAUAGCAAGAAGUUUCUCUACCAGAGCAACUGGACCAGUCUGGUGCGCGACAGAUACGUGCUGACGUAUUGCACCUACACGCUGCAUAUGGCGACUUUCACCUCGCUGGCCUUCGUGGUCGACCCGCUUCUGCUCUUCUCGUGCUGGUGGGCUACAGAAAACUGGGAGCCCAGAAACCGGUGCAUCCUGCUCGGGGCGGAGAUCGCAUUCAUGUUCGGCUUUACCAAAGUAGUGAAACUGGUCGGCCUGUUCCGCAGGAAUCCGGGUGACAUCAUGUUCCUACCGGUGUCCAUCCUGUUCGGCUACUUCCACGGCCUGAUCAAGCUCUAUGCGCUUUUUACACUGAAUGAAGUAAGUCACGAGCGCCCUUCCAGACCCGCCCCACAUACAGGCUAUAAUGGAUAG